GCAGCACAAUUCCCUCCAACCGCAACCAACCAACUUCACCUCCACGCCAUCACCUCUUACCACCACAACCACCACAACCACCAUAAUAAUGGCUACGACACGCUCCUUCGAAAUCAAACAAACCCCCAAAACAGGCACGGGGAUCAUAGCCACGGCGCCCAUCCCCAGCGGCACGCUCAUCCACGCCGAAGCGCCCGCAAUCACGAUCCCGUACCCGCAGGAAAGCUGGCUCAAGCGCAGCCUAGCCAUCAUGGGCGCCGCGCAGCGCCUCCCGGCAGAAACCCAAGAACAAUUCUUCGCGCUCAACGUUAACGCCGCCACCAGAGCCGCCUGUAAGAAUUUGUUCGGGAAGCUGCUCGCGCAGGCGGAGAGCAAGGACCCGGCGCUAUGGCAGGAGCUGCAAGCCCUGGAGCCAGAUGAGCGCGAGGCCGCUGCCCAGUGCUUCGUCAGCGCGAACGUCGUGUUUGCCGGGAACAGCAAGCCGCUGGGGGCGCUGGGGCAGGGGCACUGGGCCGGGGCCGAGAACGACAGAGUGGGCGACGAGUGGGGCGACCGCGGCGACGCAGACGCCCUCUUCCUGACGGCGGCGCGCUUCAAUCACUCGUGCGUCGCGAACGCGCAUCUGAGCUGGAACCCCGCGACACGCCGGCUGCACGUGCUCGCGAAGACGGAUAUUGCCGCCGGCGACGAGGUCUACGUCAGCUACCGCGGGCAGGCGCUGUCGGUGCUGGGGUGCGACCAGCGCCAGUUGGUCCUGGUCAAGAAGUACGGCUUUCUGUGCCUUUGUGCCGAGUGCUGCAAGAAGGGCCCCGAGCUCAAGCGCUCGGAUCUCGUGCGUAAGGUUGCGAAGAGCUUGCUUGAGCGGUAUGGUGGCGUGCCUGAAACGGGCGUCGAGCGCAGGGCUGCUAUUGAGAGCUUGGGUAAGGCUGAGAAGGAGUUGUGGAAUGUGGAUGUUAUGAGCGUGGCGCAUGUCAAAAUGAACCUCAGCAAGCUCUACGUGGCCGAGGGAGAUGUGGAAAAAGCCCAGGAAUGCUGUCUAGAGGCCUGCCGCAUCUUCAAGACGUGCCUGGGCAAGGACAAUCCCGUGACGGUGUCGGUCGUCAAGUCGUUGCUGGCCUGUCGUCGGGGACCGUUUAUCCGCGAGCUGUUGGUGGCAUCGCUGGGAUAUACGGAGGAGGAGCUUGGGAUGGAUGAGGUGGGCGAUGAGGUGGGUGAGGUGGAUGAUGAGGCUGUUUGAUUCGCGGUGAAUGGGCGUUCGUUAGGCGUCGGUUAGGUGCCAGUGAGGGGUAUUCUUCUCUUUCUUCUUUCUUCUUUCUUUCCGAUACCCAAACUCAGGCCUUUGGGUGCUGGUGUAGACCCAUAAGGUAGUAUUCUCACAACAGUAACAACAGUAACAACAGUAACAACAAUAACAACAGCAACAGCAAAAGCAAUAAAAGCACCCAUUCACAC